UGAACCUUUUUUUAUUAAUUUGCUUGAAAGUGAUUUAUUUUAGUUUAAAAUAUUGUGCAAAAAAAUGCUCUAAGUAUUUAAUCUGUCUCGCAGUUCGUUUUUUUUGCGUGAAAUAUAGAAAAGGAAUGUUUAAAACUUUUUAUUUUGACAUUUGAAUUCGCGGUUUUUAAAUUGUGUACCCCAUUGCAAAAAUGGUUGCAAAAUGUUGACGUCCACACGUCCCUCGUAUUUGAUGAAUAUAAGAAAAUAAGAUACGUCUUGAUUUGGUGCGACAAGAUUAUCAUUUAAGUUAAGCUAUGGCGGAGCCGGAUGAGGGCCCGGAAGAAGAGGUGGUGGUGCAGCUGGCCUCUACACCUCAGAUCAUCUUGCCUGAGAACAUGGUCCCUACCACAUUAACAAAUGCACAUGCAGCAACUUCCGCUGGUGUGGAACUGGGACGGAAGCUGCUACUGGCAGCGAGGGCCGGGGAUACUAACCAAGUGCUGGACCUCAUGGCGCAGGGAGCACCCUUCACCACCGAUUGGCUGGGCACGUCGCCGCUGCACCUGGCGGCGCUGGGCGGGCACGCGUGCACCGCCGCCGUGCUGCUGCGCGCGGGGGUGAGCCGCGACGCGCGCACCAAGGUGGAGCGCACCCCGCUGCACCUGGCGGCGCACCAGGGCCACGAGGCUGUAGCCGCCGUGUUGCUAGACCACGGCGCCGCAGUGGACUGCAGGGACAUGCUCCGCAUGACGCCCCUCCACUGGGCGUGCGCGCGCGGCCACGCGUCGCUCGCCGCGCUGCUCGUGCGGCGCGGCGCCGACCCGCGCGCCCAGUGCAAGUUCCGGCGCACCGCGCUCUCUCUAGCGGGCAGGAUCCCCGCCGUCAGCGCCGCGGUGGAGGAGGCCAUGGCGGACAGAGACCAGGCGGCUUCCGUGCGCGCUAUACAAGGUAACAUGACCCGCGCGCCCAGUGCAAGUUCCGGCGCACCGCCGGGCAGGAUCCCCGCCGUCAGCGCCGCGGUGGAGGAGGCCAUGGCGGACAGAGACCAGGCGGCUUCCGUGCGCGCUAUACAAGGUAACAUGACCCGCGCGCCCAGUUGCAAGUUCCGGCGCACCGCGCUCUCUCUAGCGGGCAGGAUCCCCGCCGUCAGCGCCGCGGUGGAGGAGGCCAUGGCGGACAGAGACCAGGCGGCUUCCGUGCGCGCUAUACAAGGUAACAUGACCCGCGCGCCCAGUUGCAAGUUCCGGCGCACCGCGCUCUCUCUAGCGGGCAGGAUCCCCGCCGUCAGCGCCGCGGUGGAGGAGGCCAUGGCGGACAGAGACCAGGCGGCUUCCGUGCGCGCUAUACAAGGUAACAUGACCCGCGCGCCCAGUUGCAAGUUCCGGCGCACCGCGCUCUCUCUAGCGGGCAGGAUCCCCGCCGUCAGCGCCGCGGUGGAGGAGGCCAUGGCGGACAGAGACCAGGCGGCUUCCGUGCGCGCUAUACAAGAACAUGACCCGCGCGCCCAGUGCAAGUUCCGGCGCACCGCGCUCUCUCUAGCGGGCAGGAUCCCCGCCGUCAGCGCCGCGGUGGAGGAGGCCAUGGCGGACAGAGACCAGGCGGCUUCCGUGCGCGCUAUACAAGAAGAAAUGGCGGUGGACGACGUGACGGAAUCAAAGACUUAUGACACCGUUCAGAUGCGAAUACCUGUAGAAGAGAAACACACACAACCCACCAUCCGGAUACAGCACAAACUUAACAAACCGAACUUGGUAACUAAUGAGCCGCCGCCGCUCGGCCCCGGCGCGGACGCGAGCAACGCGCCGGGCGCGGCGCUGCUGCGGCACCACGGCAUCACUCUGCUGCCCGCCGACGACGGCAGCACUGUGCUGUCCGCGCUGCAGAGCGGCCGGACCGUGGUGCUCUCAGACGCGGGCAAGCUGAUGCUGAAAGAGAACAGCUCGCCCCCGCCGGCCGCCCCCCCCCCCGCCGCCGCCCCCUCCCCCUCCGUCCCCCCCUCCCCCGCCCCCUCCACCCCCUCCCCGCGCGCCGGCGUGCUGGUGCGCGCGUGCCCGGCGCGCUCCCCGCCGCGGCCCGGCGUCAAGGUGUUCACCGUCAACAGGCAGCGCGACAAGGACGUGCAGAUAAAAUACGUCCAACUGCCAGCAGACGCGACCAUCCUGUCACCACACAAAGCGGCCAUGAAGGCCAAGAGCAAAGUGGUCCGAGCCGCCGCCGGGACCGGGACCGGCACGGGCACCGGGACCGGUACCGGUACCGGCGCCACCGGCAACCGGCCCGGCGUUAAGAUCAUCAUGAAUAAGGCUAGCUUCGCCAAGCUGUUGGCUACUGCGACGAGGGCGCACGGAUCGGGAGAUAAUGAGCCCCUGUCCCUCGGCGCGGCGCGCGGCGAGGCCGUGGUGUGCGUGCCGGAGCAGUUCGUGCGCUCCAUGUCGGCGCGCUACCUGCGCGCGCAGCUGCUGGCCGCGCACGCCGCGCUCGCCGAGCUGCAGCGCCAGCUCCAGCAGGCCCGCGCACAGUGAGCACACACACAGCCGGAGCAGUUCGUGCGCUCCAUGUCGGCGCGCUACCUGCGCGCGCAGCUGCUGGCCGCGCACGCCGCGCUCGCCGAGCUGCAGCGCCAGCUCCAGCAGGCCCG